CGAUUUCCUCUAGGAUGGACUGGUUUGAGCUCCUUGUGUUCAAGGGACUCUGGUAGUGCUGGGUGUCAAGUAAUUCCAGGAUUCUCCAUGACCCUCAGCCCCUAACCUGGAGAAGCAGUGAGCCUUCAAACGAGGGGGACGGCUGCCGCCCGUGCUCCCAGCAGGACCUGGAGGAAGGAGCAGAGCCCUUCCCCUCCGGGCCUCUGGCACCUUUUCUCUAACCUGGCCCUGCUUUCUCAUCCAUCCGCGGUGUUGGUAGCGCUCAGCCCGUAAUAACAACCAUAGUGGACACGCAGAGCGCAUGGUGCCACGUGCUGGAGGCUUCUGGGCACCUUCUGGGUCUUCACUAUAAGAUGGAGUCUGUUUUUCGCCUUAUUUUGCGGAGGAGAAGACGAAAGCUUGGAGAUACUAAGUUUGUCCCAUCACAUGGCUAGGCAGCGGGGAGCCGAUUCCAGUCCCCACACACUGGCCUGACGCUUCCUGCUCUUAGGCACUCACGCUUGGUGCCUUCAAUGAUGAUCAUUUAAAGUCAUUGUCAUCAUUAAUAAUUUACUAGGAAAACUGGGCGAUGAUCCCGUUUUGGAAUACCAAGUGCUCACUACCUGUACUUCUUUGAGGACGGGGUCCUUUUGGUUUUCUCUGUCUGUCCCCAGCACCCCUGGUGAUUAGGAGCCUCUGGUGGGUGCUUGGUAAUUGUCUGCUGGCCGAGUGAGCGGGCAGGAGGACUCCUCGAGGGCAGAAGCCCUCUUGUGCCCGCCGACAGGAGGCCUUUGAGCAGCGUGCUGCCCAGGGGCCUGUCUCUAGGCUCAGAGGCACAAGCCGCGAUCAGAAAUCGAACCACGACUCCUGGGGCACUGGGGUGGGAAUUCAUCGGGGUCCCCUCGGGGAGUGGGGUUUGCACUGCUCCAACCAGAACCGUCUUCUUUUCGUCUCUCUUGAAUAGUUUGUGUUUCUCACAGGCCACGAGGUUUUUCUGAGCCUGGGUAUACAGGCACUUGCCUGUCUGGUCGGCGUGGUAACCGAUUGACCUGCUGCUUUCUGCCUCUCACGGUCCUGAAGGAGCAGCCGCUUCGGAAGAUGGCGGAGGCGGUGUUCCGCCCCCCAAAGAGGAAGAGGAGGGUGCACGAGAGCUACGAGUCUCCCCUGCCCGUCCCUUGCGGUCAGGACCGCGGUUCUGAGAAGGGCUUCCGCAUCUUCCAGGCUGAGAUGAUAAACAGCCACGUGGUUGUGAGGGGCCUGGAAGACAUGGAGCAGCUCUACGGGAAGGGUUAUUUUGGAAAAGGCAUCCUGUCCAGAAGCAGACCAAACUUCACAAUCUCAGAUCCUAAGCUGGUUGCUAAAUGGAAAGAUAUGAAGCUAGACCUACCAGUAAUCACAUCAAAGAAGUAUCAGCGCAGCGUGGAGUGGGCCGCAGAGCUCCUGCGAAGACAGGGCCGGGACGAGAGCACGGUGCGCAGCAUGCUCGCGGGUUACACGAAGCCCCUUGAACAUCCUCGUCUGAAAAGGACGGAAGACGGCCCGUUGGGCCAUGAGCCCGACUCCGAUCUGGUUUCCACAUCGGAAGGCAGAGCACACAGACAGAACCUCUCUGCCGUGAAUGGGGUCGAGGGCAAGUCGUGUGAUAUGGAGGAUUCCAGCGAGCGAUCAGACGGCCUGCAGGAGGGCCCCGGGCCUGAGCCCCGAGCCCCAGACGGCGGCUCGGGUGAACACGUGGCCGAGGUCCCCGCGCCUCUGCCCCGCGGCCACUGCGGCAGACAGGACGCUCUCCUGCCGCCAUCUGGCGGUCAGCCUGGGGACAGCAACCGGCGAGCCAGUCUGGCCCGGGCCGGAGAGAGGGGGCCUGAGCACGUGCUGGUGGAGGAAGCCGUGUGUGCCGGGAGCGAAGGCGAAGAGGCCCCAGCGGGGGACGUGUUGCCGCAGAAGAGACUGGUAUGUAGAAGAAAUCCGUUUAGGAUCUUCGAGUAUCUGCAGCUCAGCCUAGAAGAGGCCUUCUUCCUGGUCUAUGCUCUGGGAUGUCUGAGUAUUUACUAUGAAAAGGAGCCUUUAACGAUCAUGAAGCUCUGGAACGCUUUCACCACCGUGCAGCCCACGUUCAGGACGACCUACAUGGCAUACCAUCACUUCCGCAGCAAGGGCUGGGUGCCCAAGCCCGGACUUAAGUACGGAACAGAUUUGCUGCUGUAUCGAAAAGGCCCUCCGUUUUACCAUGCCAGCUACUCCGUCAUCGUGGAGCUGGUGGACGACCGUUUCCAGGGUGCUCCUCGCAGACCUCUCAGCUGGAGGUCCCUGGCUGCCUUGAGCAGAGUUUCAGUCAGUGUCUCCAAGGAACUUAUGCUGUGCUAUUUGAUUAAACCCUCCACCAUGACCGACAAGGACAUGGAGUCACCCGAAUGUAUGAAACAGAUUAAAGUGCAAGAAGUGAUUCUCAGCCGUUGGGUCUCCUCACGGGAGAGGAGCGACCAGGACGAACUUUAACAAUUCAGCCUCAGGUUUCUGACCUCACCGGCAGAUACCACUGAGCCUCCUGCAUAAGCCAAAUUCAGGGCGAGGUAGAGUCCUUUCGAGGUAAUCGCCCCUUAAUGUAAAAGUUGUGAAGGGCACGGCACUCCCGGCACCAGAAAGUGUUAGUGUUCUAAAAGUUAAAUUCGCGGAGGAAAUCAGCCCUGUGUGGGGACCGCAGGUUCUGUCCUUGGAGUGAUCGCUCGCCGACCCCCAGCCUCUCGCCCUGGCGCCUCUGCGGCUCUGGGAGGCAGACUCUCCCAGCAGCAGGGACCUUCUGUUACUCUCCGACUUUACCUGAAACGGUGGCUUCCCAGCAGGCGGCUCCCACUGUGCUUCUGCCACUUGUUACCCACGUCCAGGCUGUCCUGGAGGAGGGCGUUCUGUCCACAGGCCUCAGCUCUCCAGGAACUUCAGCCAGUUGCCCCAACACGGAAAACCCCAUGUACUGUCUCCCCAGGAUUGCUGUGUCAUAAGAAGCAUUUUAAAAGAAGUUACCUCGUGAUCUCUCAGUGACCUCACCGGCGGGCAUGCUGUGUAGAGCACACGACGGUAUGGUACAGGCCUAGAUAAGAGUUGUAUAUUGCUUCACCGAACUUGUCAUGAAAUAAAAGUAUGUGGUGAGAAAAAUGAA